UGUAUGCGUGUGUGAAUAUGAAAUAAGUUCUAACUAGUUUCAGUCGAACAGAUUCAUUCGUAUUUGAAGAGAGCGCGCAAGCGGUGUAGACGUCAAAGCGUAAAUGGUAUCAUUUUUCAUAGACCGGUUGUUACAAAUUAUUGUUUUUUGUUAGUAUGAAAAACUUAAAGUUCUCAAUACCAAUUAUUGGAAACAAUAAUUAUUUGUCUAUUCUUUUGUCAUACAAAAAUUAUGUAUUGGUUUUUAAUGAUAAUUGAUUAAUUCACGAAUGAAAAUUGAAAAGAUACAGAUUUUUAAUCGUUAUGUCGACUGUGACAGAUAAAGGAUCCACAACAAUAUUACAUCUAAUUAGUCACAACGAUCAAAAACAUUCUGAUCAAAGUGAUGCACUGUUAAUAAAACCAUUUAAGACGAAUGAUAAUCAGGUUCAAAAUAAUAGCAAUCACAAAAUACUUUCAUCGCCUCAAAUUAUCAAUCACAAAAAAUCAAAUGUACAUCCCUUUUAUCGGAAAACUAGACGGCGAGCAUUAGGUAAAAAUGGUGUUUUCAAUGUAAAUCGAGUAAAUGUAUCAAAACUACGUCGACGUUAUUUACAAGACUUAUUUACAACCCUAGUUGAUGCACAAUGGCGUUGGACAUUGUUUGUUUUUUGUAUGAGUUUUCUGCUUAGCUGGUUUACUUUUGGUGUAGUUUGGUAUUUGAUAGCUUACACACAUGGCGACCUAUUACCCGAAAAUAUAUCAAAUCCAAAGUGGUCUCCAUGUGUAAUAAAUAUGCCGACCUUUACCGCAAGUUUUCUAUUCAGUGUAGAGUCCCAACACACAACUGGAUUCGGUUACCGUAUGAUCACUGAAGAGUGUCCAGAGGCAAUUGCACUAUUCUGUUUCCAAAGUAUCGCAGGUUUACUUAUUCAGGCAUUUGUUGUUGGUAUAGUUUUUGCGAAAAUGAUUCGACCUAAACAAAGAAGCCAAACGCUUAUGUUUAGCCGAAAUGCUGUUAUUUGUCAAAGAGACGGUAACUUGUGUUUUAUGUUUCGUGUGGGCGACUUGAGAGAAAAGUCCCAUUUAAUCGGUGCUACUGUCAAAGCGCGAUUCAUACGUUCUCAUGUCACGCUAGAAGGAGAAGUAUUAUCACCACACUUGUCUUAUCUCAAUAUCAGCAUUGACGAUUUUGACGAUCAAGUAUUCCUCAUGUGGCCUAUGGUGGCUGUACAUAAAAUUGACCAGAGUAGCCCAAUGUAUGAUAUGAGUGCGUCUGAUUUACUUCGUGAACGAUUUGAAGUAGCUGUAGUGUUAGAGGGAACUGCUGAAUCAACAGGACAAACAACCCAAGCACGCACUUCUUAUGUGGCCGCUGAGGUACUCUGGGGUCAUAGAUUUCAGCAGUUGGUUAAAUACUGCAAAACGAAGAUGAUCUACGAAGUAGAUUAUUCGCAAUUUCAUAAUACGUAUAAAGUCGACACACCACUUUGUAGUGCUAAAGAUUUAAAUGCAUAUCUAAAGACUAAUGGAUCAAAAAGUCAGGGUAAUAUUCAAUAGAGCCAGGAUCACAAAGUGUGAUGUACAAGAAGGUGUGUUAACAUUAACAACCAUUGAAAAGAAUAAACGAUGGAUGUAAUUAAUA